UAUAUACACUCACAAGCGCACACAUACAAGCAUGUGCACGCACAAACUCCCUACUGUAAGAAAAAAAUCGGAAAGUAUCUGUUUUAUUGUGUGGUUGACUGCGAUGUCUGAGGAUACUACAUUUAAGUUUGCUCCUCUAGCGCUGUCAUCUACUGAAUUAAGUUUGAACUAUGAGGCACAAUUUUAAAUGGUGUUUGUGUAUGUGAGAACAUUUUUUUAUAGUUUCUUUACAUUGUUUUGUGUGUGGGGACUGGGAGUGAUUUUGAAAUUGGUGUUACCCAUUUAAACAUGGCUUAUUAUGUUAUUAUGCAUGAUUGACUUAAGUGUACUUAUGUCCAGUUGUGAGGUGUGUUUGGAGCUAAAUAACUGCUAAGGAGGCAGUCUAGAUGCCGCGUAUUAUCACUGCACUAAACAGCUGAUUGUAUGUCGCUGCAGGUUGAGUUGUCACCUUCUAUAUGUUCGUGUUGCAGGCCUCAGCGACGUCUAGCCCCGGACCUGCAUCUCUGGGCUCGCAGGUUCACGCUGCAGCUGUCAAUGGAGAUAGGAGCGCUCUCCUCAAACUCAUCACAGCAGAGCCGUCGCUGCGGGACCGUGAGGACCAGUUUGGCCGGACCCCUUUGAUGUACUGCGUGCUGGCUGACCGACUGGAUUGUGCAGAGAUUCUGCUGAAGGCCGGAGCCUCUGUCAACAAGACCGACCACAGCCAGCGCACCGCUCUGCACCUUGCCGCGCAGAAGGGCAACGUGCGUUUUCUGAAGCUGCUGCUGUCCAGGCGUGCUAACUGGCUGCAGAAAGAUUUAGAGGAGAUGACCCCGCUCCAUCUGGCCACCCGACACCCAUCCCAAAAAGCCCUCGCACUGCUGCUCAAACACAUUGGACCUGGAGAGGUUGACACACAAGACAAGAACAAGCAAACGGCUCUCCACUGGUCAGCGUUUUAUAACCGACCAGAACACGUUCGCCUUCUGAUCAAGCACGACUCCAACAUCGGCAUCCCGGACAGCGAGGGCAAGAUCCCUCUGCACUGGGCAGCGCACAGUCAGGAGCCCAGCGCUACACAAACUGUCCGCUGUAUACUGGAAGCAGCUCCCACUGAAUCCCUGUUGAACUGGCAGGACUAUGAGGGCCGGACGCCCCUGCACUUUGCCGUUGCAGACGGUAACGAGGCAGUGGUGGAGGUGCUGACGUCUUACGAGGGUUGUAAUGUGACCGCUUAUGAUAACCUAUUCAGAACACCGCUGCACUGGGCAGCUCUGCUCGGCCAUGCCAGAAUUGUCCACCUACUGUUGGAGAGAAACACAUCAGGCACUAUUCCCUCAGACAGCCAAGGAGCCACACCUCUGCACUAUGGUGCCCAGAGCAACAACGCUGAGACAGUGGGCGUGUUUCUGUCCCACCCGUCUGUGAAGGAUGAACCCGAUCUGGAGGGGAGGACGGCCUUCAUGUGGGCCGCUGGGAAGGGCAGUGAUGACGUCAUCCGCACCAUGCUGGCCCUCACCCCUCACAUUGACAUCAACAUGGCCGACAAGUAUGGAGGCACCGCGCUCCAUGCGGCCUCCCUGUCAGGCCAUGUGAGCACAGUGAAGCUGCUGUUGGAGAGGGGAGCGAUGGUCGACUCUCUGGAUGUGAUGAAACACACGCCGCUGUUCCGGGCUUGCGAGAUGGGACACAGAGAUGUCAUACUCACACUCAUCAAAGGUUCUGCACGCGUGGACCUGGUGGACGUGGACGGUCACACCGCUCUGCACUGGGCUGCUCUGGGAGGCAAUGCUGAGGUCUGUCAAAUACUGAUGGAGAAUGGGAUUAGUCCCAAUGUACAGGACCAGGCGGGACGGACUCCUCUGCAGUGCGCUGCUUAUGGCGGCUACAUCACCUGCAUGGCUGUUCUCAUGGAGACCAAUGCUGAUUCAAACAUACAGGACAAGGAGGGGCGGACUGCUCUCCACUGGUCUUGUAACAAUGGCUACCUGGACGCUGUGAAACUGCUGCUGGGCUACAAUGCCUUUCCUAAUCACAUGGAGCACACUGAAGAGAGGUACACCCCUCUGGACUACGCUCUGCUGGGGGGGCACAGCGAGGUGACUCAGUUCAUGCUGGAGCACGGAGCUCUGUCCAUAGCAGCGAUCCAGGACAUCGCCGCUGCCUCCAUCCAGGCCGUCUACAAGGGCUACACCGUCCGCAAGACCUUCAGGGAGAGAAAGCAGCUGCUCAUGAGGCAUGAGCAGCUGCGCAAGGACGCAGCGAAGAAACGAGAGGAAGAACAGCGGAGGAGAAAAGCUGUGCAGCAAGUCUCUGUGUCCACUGCGGAGAAACGGAGGGUCCCUGUGGUGAGAACAGAGCAGGAAAAGCUCUCCUUAGUGAACAUAUUAGAGGACUUAUCCAUCAAUGACCCCGUAGUGAAAACAUCCAAAGCUGAACGCACUAAGAGCAAAGAGGAGAGACUCAAAGCCCACAAGAGCAGGUCCUCCAGAAGAAGUAAAGCAGCUGAAACACAUGAGGUUCCUGAUGCUUCGAUCAGCCACUGUCAUGUGACCGGUGGAAGUGUCCGCGGUGCUCUCCAGACCACCAGGCUGAAGGAACUUCUCUCUCCCAUCAGCUGCAGCCAGCCACCCGGCCUCAAACCUGGACCCCCCUCCAUGCCCAAAGCCAGGGAACGACCUUCCUCAAACUCCUGCAUUCCCUCCACAUGUGUUGCGGUGACAGACAAACCUGACACUACUACCAGAGAAUGCGUCCCUCUGAAGAAGAGAGACGCUCACGUGACUGUGCAGACUGCCCCCAGUGAGACUGAUGCUCUCACCGCCCCACAAAAGCACAGAGACCAUAAGGAGCGGACUUCAGAAAAGGCCGCCGCCAAAGACGUCACGUACAUUCCCUCGUUAAGAAGCAGUUCAUCUUUAGACCACAAAAGCCCCUUGAGAAAGACUCAGUCCGCCACACAUGCACCCAUCUGGACACGCACGCACAGGGAACACAACAAAGAGCAGCGCGGGAGGAGGAACGAGGCCGCACGCAUCAUCCAGCGAGCUUGGCGAAGGUUCCACACACGCACACGGAGAGAGGUACAGGCCCCCGAGCAGGCGGAGUCAAAUGAUUCAAACCACGCCCACAACAGGAAGAAAAUGGAAGCGAGUAAAAGCUCAGUGCUACAAAGCAUCUAUGGCAACUCUAUGGCCAGACGAGGGCGUUCUCUCCGGGGCUCUCAGUCUCAGCUGCUGCUGGACAUGUCUUUACGCACACAGAGCCAGUGUAAGUCCACGCACAGCCACAAACACGCAGCUUUAAUAAAGUCAAAAGUCUCUCAAGUCAUUUUCUGUGCUUAUUUUACAGUGAGCGGUAUUGACUGUGUGCACCUGACUGAUGCUGUAAAUCAAGCCAAGCAGUACUCUUACCACUUGAGACCACAUAGUGCUGGACAGGGGACCAGAGGCCGGGGGAAACACUGAACCGGAAACACUGAACCGAACCCACCCACCCACACACACACACACCCACACACACACACACAAUGUUCUUUGAUGUUUUCUCAGCUGGCUGGCGGCCUUACCUCUAUAGAAUUACUUCACACAUUGUUCGCUCGAUGUGCCACACUUUCUAAAAUUAAGCCAUAUGACAUCAGAGCCAUGACCUCACAGGGUGGGGUUAAGUCUACAGAAACGGUGUGUGUAAAAGAUAACCUUUCAUCCAUUGUGGAAGGAACACAUACACACGCCGUAUCCCUCGUUCUCCAUCGCUCUCGCACACACACUGAGAUAACCUUUCCUCCUGUUCUGGAGAAUGAGGCAGUCUAUCAACAGCCGGUCAUACAGAUAGCCCACCUGCAGCCGUGGACACACACAGUUACUCUCCACACAACAGUCUGCUCUCUAAGUGCUUUCCAUCUCAAGAGAAAGAUGUAUUUCUGAACUAUGCAGUUUGUAUUUACUUAAAUAUGCCUUUGCACAAAAAUAAUCCAUUCAUCUUGUGUAAUAUUAAAUUUAGCUGAAUGUUGUUUUUGUUUUUUUUAUUGCCUUAUAAGAAAUAUAAUAAAAAUAGACCCAAAACUCAGCGCACUUGGAUUUAAGUUUAUUAUCGCUUUUUUUCCAACCCUUUUCGUUUUUUUUGUAUCAAAAAGCGGCCAGGUACACUGGACAACAUUCUGCAACUUUCCCCCGAAAAGGCAAAAGAAGGACAAACGAUUACCAGGCUAAGAAUGAUGCAAUAAAGCAGCUCAAGACACUAAAAGAACCAGAGCUGCUAAAACAAGAAUGUUAAGAAUUCAUUGUCACUCGUAAUAAACAAACAUGUCAAUCGACUGUAUUCCUGUCUGAGAGUUGCGUCGUACGUACGUCGUCGCUUUUGUGCUGUGUGAGUGUUUUGUUUGUCAGAGUCACUGUGAGAUGUUUGAGAGGGUGAACUGGGAAACACACCAGGUGGCGGUCAGUAAAUGUCUCGAAGGCCCAGGUUUCCACGGCGAGCGGAGGAGCCGUGAGCCACGGAGACGGUAUAACA